AAUUUAAGUGUUCGUGACUAAAGUCGUUUAAACUUCUCAUUUUAAACAGUACUGUUCUAUUCAUUUCCUAAAGCCUAAACUUAAAAGAAUGAUGGGUUUAUUAUUUUCUUACAGGCAAUCUGAGAGGCAAAAAUUUGGGGUCCUCGUCUACUGUUUAUGACGUCAUGAUAUUUGAUUUGAUAACGUGGGUUGAAAGCUGCAUGACCAAAGAAUGACCGUAGGACGGAUAGAUAGAGGGUGAUAUUUGCUGGUGAACAGGGAAUUUUUGGAGUUGAUGCCGCAAAAUAUUGAUGAUAAAGCGCUGGAAAAUCAGCGCACGCACUUCAUUGUAUCUGCUUUUGCGACAUUUACUUUACAAUUUCAGUAUAGAAAGAAAUGACCACAGUCAACGAGGAAGGGAAGGACCGAGUCAUAUUUGUUACCAAGGAAGAACAUGAAAUUCCUAGCACUGUGAAACUGGAUGAGGAGGAUGCAAAUGAGGACCAUGAAGAAAAAGGUCUCAUCUUGCCGAGUGGUGAGAUAAAUUGGGACUGUCCGUGUUUAGGGGGGAUGGCAAGUGGAGUGUGUGGCGAGCAGUUUAAGACUGCAUUCACCUGCUUCCACUUUAGUCAAGAAGAGGUGAAGGGUUCGGACUGUCUGGAGCAGUUCAGCAGCAUGCAGGAGUGUUUUCGGCAUCAUCCUGAACUCUUCCCUCAGGAAGAUGAUCUUCAAAGUGCCAAUCCUGGAUCAAACGCAGAACAAAAAGACUCCCCUUCCAUCUCUGACUUCAGCACAAGCAAAGAGUCUGACACGAAUGAUAUGCCUUCACAGCUGCCCGUAGCUAGUUAAAAUUGGAGAACAACCGAUUUCCAUCUCUUGUUCCACUUAUUUUGUUUUACUUUAAUCUAUUUAUAUCUGUUUUUAAGAUGAGACAUAAAGGUAACAAUAUAUGGACUAUAUAUUUUUCCAACACAUUUUUUGAUGAACGUGGUCUUAAAAAAUGGUGAGACAUCCAGAAAAAGGAACCAUAUAUAGGAUAGAUGUUUUGUUGAACUCUCUAUAGUGUGUUCUGAAAAAUAUCAACUUCAUAUUUAUACAUUUUGUGUUCUUCUUUCUUUUCUUUUUUAUACUCCUUUUUCAUUUUUUGUUCUAUUUUGUUCCUAUAAUCACCUUAAUCCCAGUGUAACUUUGUUACAAAUUGACGUGUGAAAGUGUGUGAUUUAAAGUCUGCUGAGAUUAACGUGUGUCAGACAUGGUAAUUGAGUGAGUACAAGUAUUUGCGUGUAAAAUGUGAUAUCAAUUUUAUAUUGUUUGGCCAUUUAAGUAUAUAUGUAUAUAACUUUGUGCUGCUUUAGUCAAACAGUAUCAAAGUAAUUUAAGGGAGGUUAAUGAAUCACCUUUCACAUUGGGUCCAAAAGUUUGAGAUUACAUAAAAGGUUGAAAUGUAAAAUCUUUGAUUCAAAACAUACUGUCUAACAUCUGUAUAUCAGGAGAUAUUAAAUAAAGUCAUACAGAUUUGGAAUGACAUGAGGCUGAGUAAAUGGUGACAGAAUUUUUUCUUCUCAGUUCUAGCAAAUUCUGUCAGUCAAGGCUCUACUGACAUAUUUAAAUGAGAUCUGUUAAAAAAAA